AUGGCUGCUGGCCCACUGAGUCAUGCUCAUUCUGAACCACCUUCACAUGAACCUAGCCUCAAUCCUGCGGGAGUUCCUGUGGAUGAUAAUGCACCUGAACAUGCUUCACCUAGCAGCAACCACAAAGAGUCUGAUUCUGCGAUUUCAAGCCAUCUACUCUUGUCCAGCUCAUUCUCGGGCAUGUGA